GACCCUGAAUGCGGCAUCCACCUGCAGCUCGAGCUCACACAGUUAACGGCUCUAAGGAUUUAAUUAAAACUUUUUUUUUUCUGUUUCUGUUAUGAAACACACUCACAUCGUGUUUUUAAAUCAAGCAAAUGUUUUCCUCCAAGUCGUCGACAUAAACUAAUGUUAUUUCAACCCGUUUGUAUCAGCGGGUUCCCAUGGAGACCGAGGAUUAACUAACCCAACCUGGCUAACGCUAGCAAAGCCUGUCCAGCUGUCUGAUCCAGAGAUGGAGGAGCAGAGGGAGACAGGAGGAGGAGCAGACUCCCAGGGGAACAGAGGAGGUAUCAGAUAUAUUACAGAGGCAUUGUUGUUAAAGCGGACUGGCUGUCAGUCUCUGGCUAUGGUUCAUUCCCUAAAUCUGUCAUCAACUGGAGACAAACGCAUCAAGUUCAUAGAGAACCUACAUGGCUGCCAGCGUCUGCAGGUUUUAAACUUGAACCACAACUUGAUCCAAAGCAUGGAGAGACUAAAUGCUCUGAUACAACUGAGAGAGCUGCAGCUGGCCCACAACAACAUCCAGCGGAUUGAAGGACUGGAGCUCAUGUCCAGUCUGCAGCAUCUGAACUUGUCCCACAACAGGAUCGAGCACAUUCCCGCGUGGCUGCCGAAGAAACUGCACUCACUACACACACUCCACCUGCAACACAACCUCAUCACAUCUCUGUACGAAGUAUCCAGACUGCGAUCUCUGAGCAGCCUAUCAGAGCUGUCGGUAUCAGGAAACCCCGCCUCCUCGCUGCCACACUCCCGCUUCUUUCUGCUCUACCACGUCAGGACUCUGGACAGGCUGGACGACCUGCCAAUCACCCAGGAUGAGAGAAGAGACGCCCACCAACGCUUCAGCGCCGAGGAGCUGGAGCGUCUGCAGCGGGAGGUGGACAGCAGCCAAUCAGAGCUGAGCAGGCUGCAGAGGGAGCAGCUGGCUGUAGUGACUCGACUCCACCAGCAGGAGGAGACAAACCAAACACUGACUGCUCACACAGAAACACAACGACACACACAAACACUGCGGGAGCAGGAGCUACACACCAAGAGUCAGCUGUUGGAAAAGACGACAGCCGAGCUGACCAGAGCCUUACACAGACUGUAUGAGCUGGAGCAGGAGUUGACUUUCUACAAGAUAGAUGCCAAACUUAACCCUCUGCCCCCCUGCAGCGUACAGGAAGUAGAAACUGUGGACUCUGUGGCUGAGAGUCCAUACAUCGGCAAGGCUCGACACAUCAGGAACACCAUCACCUCCGGUCCCCGAAACUCCUCCUCAUCCCCCUCCCUGCAGACACAGGAGGGUUCAGACCUUCACAUUGACAUGGGGACGUCACACCCCUUUCUGGAGGACUGCAAAACAGAGCAGAGUAAAGCUGAAGUUGACCUGCAGUUGACCCAUCUGACAGAGCUGCAGACUGUAGCCGAACACAGAGUGCCCGAGGAAACCAAAUCACGACAGCAGGAGGUGCUGUGUUGUCUCUUCAGUAAACUGUCCGUCCUGGAACAGCUGAGAGACGAAGCUGACGAGACAAAAAGACAGAUGGACAGACAGACAGACGAGAGCAGGAAGACAGAGAGAGAGACAGAAGAGCUGGAGACACAACUACUGACACUGGACACCACAGACCCUCAACAUGCCCAUGUGACCGCCCGGCUGUCCAGUUGGAGACAGCUGUUGGACAGGAUGAACGGGAAGCAGAGCGAACUAGAGGGUCGCCUCGACGACAUGCUGUCACGCAUUGCCAUGGAGACUCAGGAGAUCAAAGAGCUGGAGCAACAGCUCACCGACGGUCAGAUUUUGGCUAAUGAAGCUCUUCAGAGGGAUUUGGAGGGAAUCAUCUCUGGACUUCAGGAGUAUCUGAGAGGACUCAGAAAGCAGGCUCAUCGUGCUCAGCAGCAGGUUGACAGUCUUCAGGCUGAAAACCAGAGUCUGCAGCUCCACCUGGAGGACACUCAGGUACACUGCAGACAGCUGGAGGACACCGCCAGGGCACAGACACAGGACAUGUCCGUCCAGCAGGAGAAGCUGUCUGUGUUGCGGACAGAGGCCCAGGCUCUGAGAGACAGACAGGUGGACCUGGAGGCGGAGCUCCAGCAGCUGAGGGAAGAGCUAACCCAACAGAUGACAAUGGGACAGUUGGAGUGUGAUGCUCUGCAGGCAGCUGUAGACAAAGAGAAACAUACCAGAGAGAUCCGAGAGUCUCAGCUACAGUCAACCAUCGAGACACUGCAUGAUGAGAAAUUAUCUUUACAGCAAGUAGUCCAGAGACUUCAGGUCCAACGGGACCAGACCAAAGCCCACUUACACCAGAUGAGAAGCCAGUAUGAAGACACCAGGACCCACCUAGACCAGACAAGAAUUCAGCUAGAUCAGAUUACAGCUGCCAUGUUGGAUCCUCAGGAGGUUCGGAGUGAACCAGAGGAUAAGUACAGCAAUCCUGUCAGUCCUGAGGACAUGUUGUCCAGGAGUGUGGAGCAGCUCUACAGGGCCAUCCAGCAGACCAGAACCAGCACAGAACAGCUCCUACAAGACCAGAACCACAGCCAGAAACAGAUAGCCAGACUGCAGGCCCAGCUAGCCCAGGAUCAGGACCACAUAACUCAGCUGAAAGCCCAGGUAACCCAGGAUCAAGACCACAUAGCCCAGCUGGAAGCCCAGGUGGCCCAGGAUCAAGACCACAUAGCCCAGCUGGAAGCCCAGGUGGCCCAGGAUCAAGACCACAUAGCCCAGCUGGAAGCUCAGGUGACUCAGGGUCAAGACCACAUAACCCACCUGGAAGCCCAGGUGGCCCAGGAUCAGGACCAGGCAGCCCAGCUGGAAGCCCAAGUGAUAGGCGGUGUGGAGCGGGACCAGGAGCCAGACUGGAGGCUACAGGAGGAGCUGGAGAGACUGAGAGUCAGACUGCAUCGGUCUCAGAGCAGAAACAGACACGUUCAACACAAACUGGAGGGGGAACUGAAGCAGAGCGCUCUGCAGCUGAAGGACGUCCAGCAGGAGAGAGAUGCGCUGCUACAACAGCUGCGUUCACAGAGCGAUGGUCAUCAGAGAAGCCUCGGACAUCUGAACAGAAAACUACGGCAGCUCAGCAGGUCCAUGUGUGACUCGGAUCAGCUGACAGCGGAACAGCUGAAGUCAGCCUCCGAACAGCUGAGAGCUCUGAACCACAUGGUGGAGAACUCUGUGGAGGAGCUCGACGGCAGCUUUCACCAACCUGAAGGAAGCUCAGAGAGACAGAGUAAACACACACCGACGCUGCAGUCUGAACACGCUCACACGGUGGAGGAGUUGAGGGCGAAGCUGGAUAAAGCUCAGAGACAUACAAACAGACUGAGACAGAAGCUGGACUGGACCAGGACUAGAACCAGGACCAGAGAUGGAGGACAGUGGUGCUUCAUACCUCCUGGACACAGUGCUCUCAGUCUGGGCUCUCUGGGGACUCAGGACUCUGGUUUGGGGCUGCAGUACCUCAGUUCUCCUGAGAGGGGGCGACAGCAAGACAGACCUCCCACAGGAGGAGGGUACUGGGUCUACAUUCCCCGAACACACACCGACUCUGACACAGCAGCAGCCGAGUGGAGGGAUAGCGGAGGAGGCAGUGAUGCUGACAGAAGCUCCAGAGAACAUACUCCUCCUCCCCCUCCUGCCCCAGGUGCAGCUGUCUUUGCUGGGCUGUCUGACGGCCAGACUCCCCUGGUUGGGCCUGCCUGGCUCCUCUGUGGUUCACCUGCAGCUGUUGUCUACAGUUCUCCAGGAGGUGGUGCUGCGCUGCACUGUAACAUCCCAGAACACAGAGACACGCAGGGAGACAGGUGUGUUUGUGAGUGUGUGCACAAAGAAGCAGAGCAACUGGAGGAAGAGAGGAAGAAACUACGUUUGGAAACCAAACAACUACGACUAACACUAAGACAACACAGCAGUGUGAUGCAGGUGUGUGAUGAGGUGGAGUGUGUGGAGAAAACUCUGCUGAAGAGACGAGCUGAACUCCGGCAGGCUGACAGACUGCUGCUGGAGGCUCAAAGCUCCAUACACACCGCCAGAGACAAGGCCAGCUCAGCUCAGCGGGAGGCCGAGGUGUUACAGCGCUCAGCUCAGGACAGUGCCAUCUGUCUGCUGGAGGCCACGCAGCAUGUCAGAGCGCUGCAGGAGGAUGAGGUGGAGGAGCUGAGGAGGAGACAGGAGAAGGAGCGGACGCUGAGGGAGUUGGAAGAGGCACUGAGGAGCAGAGAGCAGGAGUUCCAACAAUUCUGCACAAAAAUACACUCGGCUUCAGACAGAUUAUCUGACGUGCUGUCUGAUCUUCAGAAAUCUCAGGAGCGUCUAAACUCACUCAACAUUCAGGUGGAGCAACAGGAGCAGAGGCUGGUUCAGAGAAGCGAGGAGCAUCAAACAGCUGUGAACAGAGUGGAGGAGGUCAGAGAGGAGGAGCAACGACUACAGAACAGAGUCAAGGAGCUGUUGCAGCAGCAUGAGGCACUGUUGAGUAAAAAGAGCUCCACAGUUUCUGCUAUGAGAGAGGACGAGCUAAAGCUGAUGACAGUGCAGUCUGAACUUAAUACACACAGAGCAGAGCUAAAACAGGUUCUUCAGGAGUUACUUGUAGAGCAGCAGGCGCUGGAGGAAGUGAAAACCAAACGCACUCUUAGUCUCCAGCGGCUCCACAAAAAGCAGGACCAGCUCGACAGAAUACAGGUCGAGGUGGACAGGGCGAAGGAUGAACUGGACAGAAUACAGGUCGAGGCGGACAAGAAAAGGGAUGAGUUGGAUGGGACACGGGAUGAAGUUGACAAGACGAAGGACGAGCUGGAAAACAAGAAGGAGGAGGUGAACAGGAAGAUCAAAGAAUUGGACAGGAAAAGGGAAGAGAUGGCUGAGCUGCAACAGAAAGUUGAGUCCCACAAAAAGGAGACAGAGAUCUGUCUGAAAGAGACAAAACAACAGCAAACAGAACUGCAGGAGCUGCAAGAGGAGCUGAGCAGGAGGAGGGAGGAGAGGCGCAGUCUGCAGGAGCAGUGUAAACAUCUGGAGGCCAGACGGAGGCAUGCUGACAGGAGUCUGUCAGCAGUGGAGGUGGAGCUUACUAAACAGAGGGAGGAGCACAGCCACGCCCAGCUUCUCAAACAGGAAGUGGUCAGAGAUACAGCAGCCAAUCAGGAGGAGUUUAAAAAGAACUCAGAGCUGUUGUCUCUGCUUAGUGAACAGGUGGAGGAGAGGAAGAAACACCUGCAGACUCUGGAACAGGAGAUGAAUGUGUGCAGUCAUCAGCAGCAGCAGAGAGCAGAACACCUGAAAGAGCUGGACAGGCAGAUAGAAGACAAACAGGCAGUGUGUGUUGGACUGGAGGAUUUUAAAGCUGCAGUGUCACAGUUGGAGGACAGGGGGCGCCGUCUGACCCAACAGCAGCUGCAGCUCAACCAGAUCAAGGAGGAGCUGUGGCUGAGAGAGAAACAGCUGAUCCACAAGGAGGAGGAGCUAAAACGACAGGAGGAGGAGCUACAGCUGGAAGAGGAGGGGCUACAAAAGAAACGUGAGGAGCUUCGAGUGAAAGAGGACGAACAACACAAGACAGAAGAGGAGGACAUCAGGGAGGAGUCGGAGUCGGAGGACGAGUCUUUCUACCUGUCUACAGCUGGUCUGAGAUCAGCCUUCAGUUCUGAGGAGGAGCGGUGGAAGGUUGAACUGCAGAGAGAAAAACUGAAACAACAAGAGGACCGACUAAAGGCUCGUCUGCGCUGCAGUUUGUGGAACCAGCAGGAGAAUAUGAAGGUGAGACGACUGGAGGCUGAGGAGAGUUUACUGGGACUGAAACACCAACUGGACCAGCUGGACUCACUGCUAACACACACUCCAUGACACACACACACACACACAUACCAUUAGGCUUGCUGAUGUGCUCAGUCAGUCUUGACAGAUUUUGUGCAUAAACUAGCUAUCAUAUACUGUAUUGUCUUGUCACAUGAUCAAAUAAGAGUCUUGCCAAAAGGACAAUAUCAACAUAGAUAUUACUCAGCAAUUAUCACUGCUUAUCUGUGUAUGACAAACAGACCAAAGAAAAUAAGAAUUGGUACAUUUCAGGGGUGCAAAAUGGUCACCUUUUAAUGAAGAUCACAGUUUUGAAUCCAAAAAUUGUCGUUUUUGUAAUUCUUGUUGAUCCAAUUAGUUUAUUUAUGUAUUUAAGUGCCCUGAACUGAUGUUUCCCUUACAUUUGUAGCAGUAAUUACAUAAUUUUAGUGUGAGUUUUAACUUUAUCAUUAUGCUAAAAUUGACUGUAAAUCCAUGUUAACGCUGAUAUUUAAGAAAACAAAUUUCCUUGGGUAUCUGUCAACUUUUUAACCCCUGAUAAUUGUAA